AUGCCAUUUUUACUCAGAUAUCUUAGCACAGGCUAUGUUCCAAUGUAUUCAUAUAAAUUUUGCAAAUUUUGGAUAUCAUUCAAUUAUAGCUUAAAUACAUCUAUUUUAUUUCUGAAUUCUCAUUUAUCAGUCGAAAGAUAUUUAUUAAUAUUUCAUCAAGGUUUCUUAAAUAGCCACAAAAUGAUAGUUCACUACGUUCCGAUGAUAGUAUUAGCAAUAGCAGCGUUCAUUUAUUCACCAACAUUAGUUAUGCUUGCUCCAUGUAAAGAAGAAUUUGAUGAUUCAGUACCAGUAUGUGGUGGCUCUUGCUAUCAGUUAUUGCCUGGAAUUGGUACUUUUGAUCUUGUUUUUACAAUAUUUAUUCCAUUAUCUUUUAUAAUAUCCUUUAAUUGUAUUCUUGUCAUCAGAGUUAUGAAACAAAAGCGUCGAAUGUUACAAAAAGAUAUUUGGAAAAAAAAUCUUGGAAUGAUGAUACAAUUAUUAUUAAUUUCAAUGUUACAUGUAACUGGUUGGAUGCCAAUUGUUAUUGUUAUGUUAAUUGUCAUGGCAAAUAAUAAUCCACCUAUCAUUGUAGUUCAAUUACAGGCAAGCUGGAUUCUUCUUAAUAUAAUGUAUAUUGCUGUUAUUACUAAUCCAUUAGUUUGUAUGUUUGCUAUACCAGAAAUAAAAGAAAAAAUGUUUUCACUUCUUAAUUCAAUACGCAUCCGACGACAACAAAUUAGUCCAAGUAUUAAUAAUCAAACUCAUACAUCGUCAAUUAAGAAAAAUUAA